CAAGCCGCCGGGCCGGUGCAAGGUGUUUUUCCUUCGGAUCCAAUGUUGAGUAAUCGGUUUCAGCAACAGCAGCAGCAGCAGCAGCAGCGGCAGCAGCAACAAGCGCAACAGCAACCACAGCAGCCGCAGAUUGAUGGAUCAAUUGUUGCAUUUGGAAAUGGAGUGGAGGGAACUGGUGUAAUAAGGGGGAAAAGGCGAGUGGUGGACGAGCCGGUUGAUAAAGUUGCGCAGCAGAGACAGAGGAGGAUGAUUAAGAACAGAGAAUCUGCGGCCAGGUCGAGGGAACGGAAGCAGGCAUACACUGUUGAGCUUGAGUCUCUAGUGUCACAGCUGGAAGAGGAGAACGCGAGACUUUUGAAAGAGCAGGAAGACGAGAAAAAGAAGAGGCUUAAGCAGCUCAUGGAAAAUGUGAUCCCAGUACUGGAGAAGCGUAGACCACGUGCUCUUCGGAGAGCUCGUUCUGUGUAAUGGUAGGAGUGGCAUUCCAAGGAUUAAGGUACAUGGAGCCUUCUGAUACGAAUAACUCUCCAAAGGUAUAGGAAGUUAACACCUAGAACAGAGCAACUUUGUUCUUUCUUGGAAAUUAUCUUACAUGUCAGGUAUUCCUCCAGUGUGUAUAAAGGGAAAAACUUUUGAGGGUGUUCAACAUGAUAUUUGGAAGGCAAUUUCAAUGAAGCUGGAAUGAGGUGUUGUUUCAUUCCCAUUGUGCAUUGUUCCAAAAGCAGCGAAUGUAUAAGGGGUGUCAUGUGUUGUCGAGGUUAAGGGGAAAAAAAAAUGAAGGUAAAUAGGGAACUGUUUCAGUCAGAGAGUUUCCUCAUUUUCUACUGUGAGGGGGAGCAGUGAAGCAUGGAAUGGAAUAUUUUUUGUGCUUUUCUACAUGUUAUAGUUAUAUAUGAUAUGAUAAACAGAAUUAAGUAUACAAGAAUGCACAUGUUGUCUCAUUUCGGCA